UCGUUGUACUUCCAAAGUCUGGCCCACGCCCGGGAAUGGAUCGCGGGGUCGUCCAACUUGUAUGCGUUGUCUUCAAUCCUGGAUGACAUUGCCAACGGGAAAAAGACGGCGGCGGACAAGUUCAACUUGUACUUUGUGCCGAUCGUCAACAUUGACGGAUACGACAUCUCGUGGACGAACGGCAAGCGGUUGCAGCGUAAGAAUGCCAACGAAGUCGACCUGAACCGCAACUGGUUGCAGUACACCACGAACCCCAAAACAAAAAUCCCAGUCACGGACGAAACUUUCCCUGGCCUGCGUCCGGCGAGCGAGCCAGAAACUCAGGGGAUUGCGAAGUGGCUCCACGAGAAGAACUCUGAACUAUCCGGCUGGGUGGACGUGCAUUCCGUCUUGGGGGCGAUAUUGUACCCUUAUGGCGACACGAAGGACCGCAUCGGCAACGGCGACGACGAAAAGUUCCAACGGCUCGGUCGCAACGUAGCUGCCGCAGCCGGUCGUAACUACAGGAGCCAAACGGCGGGUUCCUUCGGAGUUGCGUUCGGGGCGUUCGACGACUACCUCUACCGCACGUACAAGAAGCCCGUGGUGACCAUCGAAGUGGCUGGUCGUCACUUUGUCGCCCAUGUGUCGACCAUCCGUACCCGCGGCGAGGAAAUCUACAGAGCGUUGACUCAAUUUGCCCAAGAAGUCUUGAUUUUCGAGGGCAACAGCGGUGGCAAUGUCGGUGGCAACGGCGGUGGCAAUGUCGGUGGCAACGUAGGUGGCAAUGUCGGUGGCAACGUAGGUGGCAAUGUCGGUGGCAACAGCGGUACCAACAGCGGUGGUAAUGUCGGUGGCAACGGCGGUGGCAACAGCGGUGGGAUUUUCUUUCCCAAAGAUUGA